GAACACCAUGGGUAGGAUAGUAGUGAAUUCACUUCUCGCUAUAACAGCGGUUGUAGGCGGUCUGGAAGCCUACAAAAUCACACCCAGACAAGCUACGCCACUCGGUGAAUGUAUCUCAACCGCGUCACCAAAUGUGACCGUUUACGGCGUGGCGGACCCUUUUUUUCUUAAUUCAUACAUAGGAACGAAUCUAGGAUAUCAACAAGAACCAACGCUGGUCGUGAAGGUUCAAAAUGUAGAAGAUAUCAAGGCAGGAGUUGUCUGUGCCAAGUCGCUUAAUGAAGAAAUAGUCGUUAGGAACGGAGGUAAUUCGUUCGCCGGUUUCUCGUAUUCAUCGGGUAUAGUUCUCAACCUGGACGACUUCAUCGACGUACAAGUGGACACUAUUGCCGGAAAGAUUAAAGUAGAAUCUGGCAACAGACUGGGCCGUAUUUAUGGUUUCUUAGUUGAAGCUUCAGAAGGUGGCAAUAUGUCGGUUAUUGGAGCGGGUACCUGGCCCUAUCUCGGAAUAGCAGGACACUCACUAUGUGCGGGAUACGGCAUGAUGGGUAGAAAGACAGGCUAUAUAACAGAUCAGAUAGAGCAGUUUGAAGUAGUCAACGCCACUGGUGAUCUCAUCGUGGUUUCGGAGGCUGAAAAUAGCGAACUCUUUUAUGCCAUGCGAGGAGGAUGCAGUUCGUCCUUUGGAUUUAUCACAUCAGUUACAAUUCAUACGACAACUAUCCCAUCCGAUAAGAUGGUCUAUAUUGAUACGCGUGCACGUGGUCUCGAAGACUCGGUACAGGUUGGUAACUGGUGGCAGCAGUAUGCGAGCAUAGACGCACCAGAGGAAUUGACAACGACUUUCACUUUUGGUGUAGGUGGUGAUGAUAAUAGCAACCCUUACGUCCGCAUUCGUGGCGUCUAUCUCGGCUCGAAAGCAGAAGCAGAGAGUGCGCUACUUGCUGAUUUUGAGGUGGGCUUUAGUGGUAUUUUCAGUACGACAGAAAUUAGGGAUAUGUUUGUUGAGCACGAUUACUUGGGAGGUGUAAAUGCAUUCACCGGAGUGGCAGAAUUCAAUACAGUGGAUGACUUUAAAGCGAUGACUACACUCGAUAGGGAGUCUGUCUUCUACAAAACGAGUUUCCUUAUGUUCGAUGUUAUUACGGAGCCCAGUGCAUAUGAACAAGUCUUCCAGUAUUUCACCGAUGGAAAGCUUGACUACUUUGGAUGGAAGGCGAUGGGUGGUGCCCAAACCUCUAAUUCUACCGUACAGCUGGGUGAUGUUGACCAUAGCGAUCCUAGAUCGCCUAUUGUCAGGGGACAUCUAGUUCAAUGCCAUUUGGGUCUGACUGACACAUCUAACAGCGGGAUUGAGGCGACUAAAGCUACUGUUUUAGAAGCCUCAGCAGUCAUUGAGGCUUCCUUCAUUUCUGAGCGCAAUGGAAUAUGGAGAUAUCCUGGUUAUCUAGCGAGAUACGACGACUACAUGACCACGGGGAAUGCUGGCAAUAUCUACUUCGGCGAAGCCAACACUGAGAAGCUUGCACGUGCGCGAGAGGACGCUGAUGGCGAAGGUGUACUAAUUUCGGACUCCUCGAGAUACUUAUUUUAAUUAUCUCACACAGCGAUAGAAUAAUACGAUAAAGGUUAAGCUUUUUGGUACUUUAAUAUGCCGGUACGACGAUUCAUGAGGCAUACAAUCCAUUCGAAAAAACGCAUGGAAUACGUUGUUCAACAUCAGCUGCACGACAUGAAGUGUAGUGUUUCAUGCUUGGCCAUGUCCAGCGCACAGAUCCCGAGCAUACUACAGACGUUUGCUGUAACAGCUUAGCGUUCAGUUGUCUUCCGACAAUUUGUAUUAUUGAUUUGCCCUGCGAUAACAAUACCACCCUACUUCCAUUGUGCGAACGGUUGUCAAAGAACCUUGUGCAUUGAAAGCUAUCCAAGACUUAUUAAUGGGAUCUUCACAUCGCAGGACCACAAUUGAUACAGAACUGUCGGUAAGACCAAUUUAUACCCUUGCAAGUUUUGCACGUCCAUGCGCCCUUCGCAUCUUUGAACGCAGAACAUUGAUGGCAUCUCGUUGCGUGAGCUGAGUUCGGGUAAGUGCACUUACUGCAUUCCCAUCGAGAUGACGCCAGCGUCUCUCCGACCGGUUUGCGGGGUAAAGAACGAAAUACGCCGCCCUCCCGCUUCCACAUUGAUGGGUAUCCGCAUAUAUAGCACGUCUUUCGCUUCGAUGGAUUGUGGGCAUGGCAACUUUGACAAUACCACGGUAGCCAGACCUGUAAAUAGUGCAAAACCCAUUUUUGAGGUUGUCUUGCGGGAGACUCAGUGAGCAACAAGAUAUACUUUUCGACUAAAAGUGCACCACCAACUAACGAUCAAUGUCCUUGUUUGGACGAUUUUGCUGUGUAAAUCAAUCAUACUCCCACAAAUUCAGCAACAGGAAAGUUUUUAAGUAUAUUUUGCUAAACUCGAUUUCAAUAUUAUUUACGUCUUGCUAUUUUCAAUCUGUAAUAAAUACACAUCCAUAUAUAUCAG